CCAUGCAAUUUUGAUUAUUCGUGUCUUUGAAACGAUCUCUAUUUCCGUUCCCAAAAAGUGGCUUCGGCUCUGGAACUUCCGAUCGCUACCAACUUCCUCAAUUUGCUGAUACCCCUCUGAGCAAGGAGGAGAUCUAGUUUUACCAGGCUUUCUGUCCUUUAAUCCUAUUUUGCUAGUUACCAGGUAGCUACAGGGAUGCGCUUAGUUGGUGUUGGAUUGCUCCUCUACAAGGGAGAUGCGACCCCACCGACGUUCAUUGGAAUGGCGACGGAUGUUUCAAACUUUGGCUACUUCCAGCGAGGAACGGUUCGUGAGGGGAUUAUGUUUAUCGCGCGGACUAUAGCACAGCGGACACAGCCAGGAAUGCGGCAGACGGUAAAAAACGAGGACUACCUGUGCCACGUCCAUGUCAAGGACAAUGGGAUUGCAGGCAUCGUUGUGGCGGACGGGGAGUACCCGACGACAGCGGCUUUCUCUGUUAUUGGGAAGGUGCUUGACGACUUCAUGCAGCAAUAUGGCCAGGAUGAUAGCUGGCGUGCUCUGGAUGCUGACAGCACCCUGGCGAAUCCGCUCCUAGAAGCUGCGCUGGUCAAGUACCAGGACCAUACUCAGGCGGACAAGAUUGCCAAAAUUCAGAAGGACCUGGACGAGACCAAGAUCAUCUUACACCAGACCAUCGACAGUGUCCUCAAGCGAGGCGAGAAGCUUGACGCACUUGUAGACAAGAGCAAUGACCUCAGCCUCGCUAGUCAAAUGUUCUACAAGCAGGCGCGCAAGACGAAUUCGUGCUGUCGGUUUAUGUAGUUGUGAAGGCGGUUAAGGGAGGGAAAACAGGGAGGUACGGUGUGCCGCACUAGUAAUCUGGGUGAUUAUGCGACGACACACAGUAUCUAUCCCGCAUUCGCCUCAUCAACGAGUGAGUGAUCAAAACGAACGAGGCACGCAGCUGUGCAAAGCACUGACUGGUUCAUGGCUAUGUGCGAUUUGGGCAAUGGGCGUGGCACUGCAAAUCAAAAGCCACGCCAUGGUUGUAAUGAUACUUGGGCAGUGCAGCUAGUUCAUCAUGGCAUAGCCAACUCUUAACGCUUGCUUCAUUCUCCACUCCAUGUACGACAUUUUUCAUCUCUAGAAUCUAGAUCCAAUUAUUAAUCUGUAACACUAGCCAAG